AUGUGUGCACCCGUGGUCUGCCUGGUUCAGUGGGAGGAAGUCAGUGGCUACGAUGAAAACCUGAACACCAUCCGCACCUAUCAGGUGUGCAACGUCUUCGAGCCCAACCAAAACAACUGGCUCCUCACCACCUUCAUCAACCGGCGGGGGGCUCACCGCAUCUACACGGAGAUGCGCUUCACUGUGAGAGACUGCAGCAGCCUCCCCAACGUCCCAGGCUCCUGUAAGGAGACCUUCAACUUGUACUACUAUGAGACUGACUCAGUUAUUGCCACCAAGAAGUCGGCCUUCUGGUCUGAGGCCCCCUACCUCAAAGUAGACACCAUUGCUGCAGAUGAGAGCUUCUCCCAGGUGGACUUCGGGGGAAGGCUGAUGAAGGUCAAUACAGAAGUCAGGAGCUUUGGGCCUCUGACUCGGAAUGGUUUUUACCUCGCUUUCCAGGAUUAUGGAGCCUGUAUGUCUCUCCUUUCUGUUCGUGUCUUCUUUAAGAAGUGUCCCAGCAUUGUGCAGAAUUUUGCAGUGUUUCCAGAGACCAUGACGGGGGCAGAGAGUACAUCUCUGGUGAUUGCUCGGGGGACAUGCAUCCCCAACGCAGAGGAAGUAGACGUGCCCAUCAAACUCUACUGCAACGGGGAUGGAGAGUGGAUGGUGCCCAUUGGGCGCUGCACGUGCAAGCCUGGCUAUGAGGCUGAGAACAGUGUGGUCUGCAAGGCCUGCCCCGCCGGGAUGUUCAAGGCCAGCCAGGAAGCUGAGGGGUGCUCCCACUGCCCCUCCAACAGCAGAUCCCCUUCAGAGGCAUCUCCCAUCUGUACCUGUCGGACCGGCUAUUACCGAGCGGAUUUUGACCCCCCAGAAGUGGCAUGCACUAGUGUCCCAUCAGGCCCCCGCAACGUCAUCUCCAUCGUCAAUGAGACGUCCAUCAUUCUGGAGUGGCACCCGCCCAGGGAGACAGGCGGGCGGGACGAUGUGACCUACAACAUCAUCUGUAGAAAGUGCCGCGCAGACCGUCGGAGCUGCUCCCGCUGUGACGACAACGUGGAGUUUGUGCCCCGGCAGCUGGGCCUGACCGAGGGCCGAGUCUCCAUCAGCAGCCUGUGGGCCCACACCCCUUACACCUUCGACAUCCAGGCCGUCAACGGAGUCUCCAGCAAGAGCCCCUUUCCCCCACAGCAUGUCUCCGUCAACAUCACCACGAACCAAGCUGCCCCUUCCACUGUUCCCAUCAUGCACCAGGUCAGUGCCACCAUGAGGAGCAUCACCUUGUCAUGGCCACAGCCAGAGCAGCCCAACGGCAUUAUCCUGGACUAUGAGAUCCGGUACUAUGAGAAGGAGCACAAUGAGUUCAACUCCUCCAUGGCCAGGAGCCAGACCAACACGGCACGGAUCGAUGGCCUACGGCCCGGCAUGGUGUACGUGGUGCAAGUGCGUGCCCGCACGGUGGCCGGCUACGGCAAGUUCAGCGGCAAGAUGUGCUUCCAGACGCUGACGGAUGAUGACUACAAGUCCGAGCUGAGGGAGCAGCUGCCCCUGAUUGCUGGCUCAGCGGCCGCCGGGGUGGUGUUCGUGGUGUCGUUGGUGGCCAUCUCCAUCGUCUGCAGCAGGAAGCGGGCUUACAGCAAAGAGGCUGUGUACAGUGAUAAGCUCCAGCAUUACAGCACCGGCCGAGGCUCCCCAGGGAUGAAGAUCUACAUUGACCCCUUCACUUAUGAGGACCCCAACGAAGCUGUCCGGGAGUUUGCCAAGGAGAUUGAUGUAUCUUUUGUGAAAAUCGAAGAGGUCAUCGGAGCAGGGGAGUUUGGAGAGGUGUACAAGGGGCGUCUGAAACUUCCGGGCAAGAGGGAAAUCUAUGUGGCCAUCAAGACGCUGAAGGCCGGGUACUCCGAGAAGCAGCGUCGGGACUUCCUGAGCGAGGCCAGCAUCAUGGGCCAGUUUGACCAUCCCAACAUCAUCCGCCUGGAAGGCGUGGUCACCAAGAGUCGGCCCGUCAUGAUCAUCACGGAGUUCAUGGAGAACGGCGCUUUGGAUUCUUUCCUCAGGUGCUCACAUUGCCGAACAAAGGGCAGUCAGUCCUUCAACGUGGACACCGGCCUGGGAUGCUGGGCAGCAUGCGUGCCCCCCCUCAAUGCUUGUGGCAAGCUGGCUGCAGCUGAGGGACUGAAGUACCUCUACACUGAGACCUUCUACCUGGUGGUCCCACCCAAGUCUGCCCUAACACUAAAGUGCCUUUUUUUGUGUGGCUUUCUCCCCCCUAGAGACCUCCUGAGAAUAGGGGUCACCUUGGCAGGUCAUCAGAAGAAGAUCCUGAACAGCAUUCAUUCUAUGAGGGUCCAGAUGAGUCAGUCACCAACGGCAGUGGCGUGAGAACUCUCAUUUUCUGGGGGGAGGAGAGGAAGGAAAAGGACCAGUCUCAAGAGGGAAUCAGAGGUUGACCACUGUGGAACGUUCUGGAAAGAUUGGCUUCUCGGCUGAGAAAUGCAUUACAUCAGUGAAGAAGAAACUGGACCUGUUCUUAAUAGGCAACCUUCAUUUCUCAGUGACAGAGCAUGUUUCAGAUGCUGUGGGAAACCAAAUCUAUGAUCAUAAAAAUACGAAAAGGUGAUGUUCAACAGAAGUGAAGACAAAACGGUAUGCAUCGGGGGAACCAAGAGUAAGCUCGGCUCCCACCCUCGGGGCACUGGAGUCACCCAUCCACAGGAAGAAAGGGAAGGAGGUAGAGGGAAGAAACAGGUAGUUUUCCAUUUUCUUCCUCACCAAUGACAUUCUUUUCUUUUCUCCUUUUGUAUUCCUCCCCACGAGCCCUCUCCUUCUCCCACAUCCAUUUCCCUUUGCUCAUGACUCGUGUAGGGAAGUUCCUUCAAACAAACCCCAGCUCCUGAGUCUCCAGAUGUCGUUCUGUCAGUUGCCAAAGGACUUUGCUGACCACUGCAUGGGGGAUCCAACCAAUUCAAUUAAUGUCUUCAUAUUGAAGAAGAGAUGUACCUUCAAUUGAAAACCUUGUUUUUCUUUUGUUUGCAUUUUCUGCAAAAAGGAAAAAGAAACCACAAAUUGGAAAAAAAAAAAAAAAAAGAAAAACCUGUUUCCGUGUGCAGGAGCACACACAUGUAUGUCUGUGUUCUAAAAUGACUGUGCUUGUUCGUAACAGAUGCAAACAAGAAAGAAGAACCGGGAAUUUGUGUCUCUGCCCCCGGAAAAUCCAAAGGGGCUGGAACGUGUUGUUGGUUUGGUGUUCUGGUUGGCCCAGUUGGCCCAGUUGGCCCAGUUGGCCUAUGGGCUCAAUGGGGAGAGAGGGCAGGGAGAAAAAUAAAAUGAAAGUGGGAAAAAACUCUCAGGAGCUUGCAAAUUCAGACAGGAAACAGGUGAGUGGUUUGAAUUGGAGGCAGUGUGGGCCAUUCUAGAAUGAUACUGACUGAUUAAUUAUUCUUGGUAACAUCUGAAGAGAAGGAGAAGGAAAGUGUUUCUUGGAGAAUGUUCUUCCACAUCCCUGGAAUCUGCAAUUCAAGAGAUGGCAAGGGAGAAUUCUUCUUACCUGAUCUGUGGACUGGCUUAAGCCGUGUGGCAUCCGAGGAAUGUUUCAAAUGUGUCUGUGUUUCUCUGCAUUCCUUCUUGUACCUCAUUGUUCAAUUUGCUUUUGUAAAUUCCACUUAACAUUUAAAUAUUUUUAAUUUCUCCUUUUCUCUUAAUCUCCUUGCUAAUUUUAUCUGUCUAAUUAAAAUGAGCAGAAGCAUGUCUGGGUUUA